ACAGCCAGGAAUGAUAAAGGAUGCGUUAUGGACAUCUGCCACGCAGGACUUUGAUGCAAUUCUACCGUUCUGUACGAGCGAUUUUUCAAACUCACCGCGAAUCCAGGGAACAUCGACCCCCGCCCGAAAUAUUCCAGACCGCAACAGGCAAAAAGCAGUGGUGGCCCAAAUACAUUGCUCUGAAUCAAGCCCACCCGAAAACUACUGUUGGGUCGGGAACUUGCGGCUUCACGAGCCGGCGCUCCAGGGACACGACUGCCCGGAGACAGGCCCAGCAGAAUCUGGAACGCUAGAGGGAAAAAGUCACACACCCCCGGUUUCGGCGAUUCGUCACAACAAGCGCCAAAAAAGCCGAGACUCCGCCCCGGCGAAAAACGGCACAGGCGGCCACAUACAUCUAGAGCUGGGGGUUUCCGGAGCCCCGAGAAUUCCCAAUGAAACACCCGAGAGAACUGUUUUUAAUGACAUGUCAGAUGUUGACGACCAGCUAUUCUGUGAUGCGGCCAACCUUAUCGACCCAGUCAAUUCUACGGCCUCAGUACCGGCAGCCGAACAAGAAAGGUUUUUCACAUUAUUUUCCAGGGCUUUGAAAUCGAGGAAUGUUUUGCUAUACAAACGCCUGGGGGAUUUAAUUGAGAGACAGUACAGAGUCGGGUUGUGUCAGGGUUGUGUACAGGAAUAAAUUCAACAAUACAGAGAUUCGACAGUUUUUCAAUUUCCUAUGGGUGAAUCAGAAUCUUGACUAUGCUAUAUUUUACAUGAUGAUAAUGGACACUCUAAAUGAUCUGUUAGAGACGGCAAGAGAUUAUGGCGAACCUCGUGAUGUCUUACAGUUGGAAAUUUGUGGAGAUAGCCUGCAUAACACAGUAUCUCUUAGUUUGCCCAAUGGCGAAGCAGAUCUUGAACAAUUUACCGCGCUGGUAGAACGCCUUGUUCAGUCAAAUUUAGCCAUCAUAGCCGAUCGGACCCUCGAGCUUGUAGUGCAAAUAAUACGCCAACCGCAGGGGGGUGGUGGGCAGAGAAGGAAGCUUGAUAGCCUAAUGCAGUCAGAAAUCAUAAGCAAUAAAAGGGCCUACCUCAUAAACAUUCACAAUUCUGAUAAUAAGCUAUGUUUUGCAAUAGGCCUAGCGCAUUUACUUAACCCCGGAUGUACUGAUCUGACGGCAUUGCAAAAGGCUAGAGAGAUCCAAACGGCUUUGGGUCUCGGGAUACAGGAAGGGGUGGCAUUCUCAGACAUUGUCAAAUUUGAAAACUUUCUGAAUAUCAAGAUUGUGGUCUUGUACCACAGUAGAGCUAAUGCAGCUCUCUUGAAGUUCCAAAACACCCCCCAACCGCACCCUCAGAUUCUGUACUUUUAUGUGCAAAACAAACAAUACUAUGCCGUUACCAACAUCACAGCGUUCAUAGGCGCACCCUAUGUGUGUCCAUCCUGCCAUACCAGCUACACCCGAAAGGGGGGGCACUCGUGCCGCUAUAACUGUUCAGUAUGUCAGGAUGCAGAGUGCCCUAUGCAAACCUUAAACUUGACACCAUGUGAGGAUUGCCAUCGCACAUGUCGUUCGACCUACUGUUACGAUAAACACAAAAUUGAAACAUGGCACCCUAAGGCCUGUAAAUCUGUAAGCAUUUGUGCCAUUAACAAGAAAUGCCCAAAAUGUCAUUAAAAUAGAUAGCCCUAAACCACAUGUUUGUGGAAUCAUACAUUGUCCAAUCUGUAAAGGGGCUCUGAAAAGCAGAAAUGCUGAAGUGGUUCAAGAAGUGCCACACAAGUGUUAUAUUCAGAGAAAUAUUUGUUCUAUGAUUUUGAGACAAAUCAGCAAUCGGGGGAUCAUUUGCCUAUUUUUGUAUCUACCAUGACAUUCAAGGGGGAAAAGUGGUCUGCAGAAGGAUCCAAUUGUGCACUACUCUUUCUAAAACAUUUUAGAAAACCACAGUACCGAAACUUUACGUUUAUAGCGCACAACGCUAGAGCCUACGACUCUUACCUUCUUCUGAACCCCUUGAUAGGUAGUAAAAUCUUGUGUUUUGUAGAUCCAGCCUUCAACCAGAGAUACAUUGACAGUUUAAGCUUCUUACCCAUGAGAUUGGCUCAAAUGCCAGAGGCCUUGGGUUUUGAAAACUCUGUGAAAGGCUGGUUCCCCCACUUCUUCACAUCUGAGGAGAAUCUACAUUAUAUCGGAUCAUAUCCCAGCCCAGAAAUGUACGGGUGUGAUCAAAUGUCUCCCAAAGAGCGUGAGAGAUUCAUGAUUUGGUAUGAGACAGUAAGACAGGGCACCUUUGAUUUCCAUAAAGAGAUGGAAUCAUACUGUGACAAUGAUGUGGUUAUACUUCGUGAAGGAUGCCUCAGAUUCAGAGAAGAGGUAAUCAAAGAUGCAGGCAUUGACCCCUGGAGUUGUACAACUAUUGCAUCAGCAUGCAUGAAAACAUACCUUACACACUAUCUCUAUAGCUAUCUCCUCGCCUGACCACUACCGACGCCAAUUCUAGGCAUACUCUAGUGGGUCCAUUCAAUGGCUAGAGUAUAUGGCCCAGGAUAAAGACAUUUGUAUUCAACAGGCUUUGAAUCGAGGGGAGAAGGCAUUUGGCUCUUACCAUGUAGAUGGCUACACCAAGAUUGAUGGGGUUGAGACUGUGUAUGAGUACAACGGUUGUUUCUUCCAUGGUUGCAAAUCUUGCUUUGUGCCCCAGAACAUGUGUGUCCUAACCCAAAAGACUUUUGGGGAAAUGUACCAAGAGUUUCAAGACAAAGUUGAUUCUUUACAGGCUACUUACGGUCUAAAAGUGGUUGUUUUGUGGGAGCACGAAUGGACAGCCCUCAUAAAGUCUGAUCCUCACGUUCAAGCAUUCCUUUCCAGCUUUGACACCCCAGAACCUCUGGAGCCAAGACAGGCCUUGUAUGGCAGCCGUACCAAUGCUUUGACAUUGAGGUAUGUAGCGCAACCCGACGAGACAAUAGGCUAUGUAGAUUUUACAUCCCUUUAUCCGCAUGUAAUGAGUUCCUCAUGCUAUCCUAUAGGUCAUCCUGAAAUUAUUCAUCAUGAUUUUGACUUACCUCAAAACUAUUUUGGUCUGAUCAAAGCAACUGUCUACCCUCCAAGGGGUUUGUUUAUACCUGUGUUACCUUACAGGGGCCCUCAAGGAAAACUUUUCUUUCCCAUUUGUCGCACCUGCAGUGAAAACAGCACUGACAGGUGUAUGGGUCACAGCUGAAUUCUCUAAGGCUUUAGAGAUGGGGUAUUGUGUGGCCAAAAUCUUUGAAGUAUGGAACUUUUCAAAGAAAUCAGACACUCUUUUUAAAGAGUACAUCAAGACCUUCUUGAGAUGUAAGCAAAUGGCUUCAGGCUAUCCUGCAUCGGUCACAGAUCAAGAGAGUAAAGACAGGUACAUUCAAGACUAUCAUGACAGAGAAGGCAUCCUUCUUGACCCUGACAGAAUAGAGGUCCACAAAACCAAACAAAAAUGUGUCGAAAUUGUACUUGCUUUGGGGCAAAUUAGCGCAGAGGUGUAAUAUGCUAACAACGUCGAUUAUUAAAGACCCUGAAGAAUUUUGGGAAUUCGUUUUUUCGGACCAAUACGAAAUUUCACAUUUUUCAUUCUUGAGUCAAGACAUUGCCUUGGUGUGCAAUGGCGACGUAACAAGAAGUGGGUUCUACCCCCGGGUAAUGUAAAUGUGUUUCUUGCAGCAUUUACCGCAGCCUAUGGCCGACUUGAACUGUACAAGCUCAUGGAGCAGCUUCAGAGGCGGGUACUUUACCAUGACACAGACUCUGUGGUCUAUGUAAGCAAACCGGGGGAUUGGAGCCCCCCACUCAGCAACUAUUUGGGUGGCUUAACGAGUGAACUCGCAGAGGGUGACCAUAUCACAGAAUGGUCAUCCUGUGGGCCCAAAAGCUAUGCUUUUAGAACUCUAAAGAAUCACGUGGUAUUGAAAGCCAAAGGAGUGACUCAAAACUAUGAAAAUGCCCAGCGUCUAAACUUGGAAUCAAUCACACGCUUGUUUGAGGGGGGUUCCUAAAUGACAGGAAUAGUGACUUUGAGAUUUAGGAGCUCCUACAAAAAGAUUGUUGGGUAUAAUAAAGGGCUUCCAUCUGAGGAAGGCCCCACUUACUAAAAGAUUCAGGGUUGUCUAUGACAAGAGACUGCUUUUGCCUGACUGGAACACAUUACCCCUUUGGCUACUGACUUAUGCUACAAGCUACAGGGGUCUUAAAGCUUAAGAUAUAAUGACUGCUGUAGAAGGUUUUGACCCCCGGUUGCAACUACCAUUUUCGGCCUUAAUCGCAGGGCCUUCGAAUAGUGGUAAAACUUGUUUUGUAAAAAGUAUUUUAGAGAAUUCUGAACAUGUGUUAUCUCAAAAGCCUAAUAAUGUUGUGUGGUGUUAUUCAUGUUAUCAACCUCUGUAUGAUGAAUUGUUGAAGACAAUAAAAAUCAAGUUUGU